GCUGUGGUAGAGCUGUGAACGAUCCAUUUCACCACUCUAGCUUAUGACAUUAAUAUUAUAUAGUAUUUAUUAGGAAAACUUAGCUUUCAUCAAUGAGAAGAGGCAGAGCACAAACGGAGAGAAAGAGAGGCAGAGGCAGCGAGUGAAAUCAUGAGCUCCAUCGGUGAGAACUUCUUUGGCAGUAGAAAGGCAUCGCUUCCGGUGUCGCGUUCAGAUUCAGGAGGGCUUCGUAGACGUCUUUCUUCGCUAUCACUGAAGAUCCAAGGCACCCCGGUUCAAACAACAUGGUCAUUUCCCAGAUCCAAGUCCCUCUCAUCCAUGGGUGACUAUGCGGGCACCUCUAUAAGGAAAUGGUGGGACUGGAGCUGGGCCUGGGUCCUCUCCAGGAAACCCAUAUUUGCCACAGAUCUCGAAAUGAACGACCAGGAAACCAAGCUCCUCGGUUCCCACAACAGGGGCACUUGGAGACAUGUCUUCUACAAGCUCCGCUCUGAGAUCAGAAGAUUCGUCACUUCUGAUCACGCCACUCUACCCUCAUAAAUAUAAUUCAAUGCAAAUCUAUGCCUUAUGCUUCCUUUAAAUAAUUUAGUCUUUCAGAUCCACCGUGGUGCAAUUCGUUCCUUCUUUUCACUUAAUGUACACACGCAAUUACGUGCAUGUAUAAUUGUUAUUCUAUAAUCUAUAUUGUGGAUUGCUAUAAAAUUGCCUCAAGGAUCAUCUUAUAAUUUUUUCCUCAGUGUUUAGAUUCAAUGGGUUGCAGGAUCUCCUCAGCCUCAGGGAGUGUUUGUUGCAUAUUAUCUUGUAACUUGUAAUUGUAUGGUGAAUGUAGAACUUGACAACGUACAAAAUAUUUUUUUGGAGUA